GAGCAUUUGAAAGAUUGCUGAUAUCCCCUCACAGAGAAGAUCAAGUCCUCCAAAGACAGACAGAGCAUCCAUCAUGCUGCUGCUCCUCUUCUUGUUCGGCCUGGCUCUGGCUGCUCCACCUCCUUCAGAUGAACCUGAUUUGCUGGUACAGCGUGGAGGCUGUCCCGAGUUCUGGUACAGCUUCAACGGCCGCUGCUACAAGUACAUCUCCACUCCCAUGGCCUGGGCCGAUGCAGAGAUCCACUGCGUGUCAGAGAAAGCCAACCUGGUGUCCAUCCACAGCCAGGGGGAGCAGAAUUUCAUCAAAAGCCUUGUCAGGAACUUUGACCCUUCUGAGAGAACAACCUGGAUCGGACUCAGUGACGUCCACAAAGAAGGAAACUGGUUGUGGUCAGAUGGGUCUGCAGUCGACUUUGACUUUUGGCACACAGGACAGCCAGACAACUAUCAAGACACUGAAGACUGUGCAGACAUGAACUGGGGCCCACAGUUGAAAUGGAAUGACGUGCCGUGUUCCGCCAUGAUUCCUUUUGUUUGUGUAGCUCGCACAAUGUGUAAUUGUGGGUAAUUCUACUGAGUGAUUUAUCAUCUGCUUAAGGGAUUGUUAAGGUGGCCUGCAAGUGCGAUACAAAUUAUAAAAUCUAAAAUAGUUUUUCAAAGCUUGGAACAAAAUUACAAGGAGGGAUACAAAAUUACAGUGUCUGACAUUUGGUUCUGCACUUCCAGGCCACCGUAGAUUGUUGACGUCUUCAUCAUGCAGAUACAUCUGUGCCUCUGUGUUUCCACAGGCAAAUCGAGAACCAUGAAUCCUCCUAAAUGUCUGCUGCUGUGAAUGCAAAGACAAUAUUUUAGAGUCUUACUAAUGAACUGUUCUGAGCAGAAUAAAUGUGCUGAAAUCAAUAAGAA